AUGACUUCAACUUUUGUGAGUAAUAUAGCAAAUGAGAUCACUUCUGACCUUAACUUUAUGGGUGAUUAUCUGUUAAGAUUACCUGUUGAGCCUGGGUAUAAAACAAUGUCUGAGGUUGCCUUGAACAUUCUAAGAGAGGAGGAAGUUGGGUCAUUUUAUACUGGCCUUGGACCUUCUCUAAUUGCAAUAACACCUUAUAUUGCUGUGAACUUUUGCAAGUCUUUGCCAGAGAAGUAUCGAAAGAGGACUGAAACAUCUAUGGUAACAGCUUUGCUGUCAGCUACUCUUUCCACGAUUAUGUGCUUUCCUUUGGAUACAAUGAGAAGGCAAAUGCAAAUGAAGGGUACACCUUACAAGAUAGUUUUGGAUGCCUUUUCAGUUAUGCCUGAGCUCUCUCUAUUUCUUACUCAAACUUCUCUAUUUCGCUCAAAUUGUCGAAUGACCAUUGUUGAUAGUUCUUUGUCACUGGAUUCUUCCUCUUUGGAUUCUUCCUCUCUCUACUCCUGUGUCUCUGUUAUAGAUCCUUGA